CAUUGUUAUUCAGGUAUAUAAUUGCACACACCACACACACGCACACACAUACACACGCCCCAAGAAAGCACAGCCCUUUUGAGAUUUCCUCGAUGCAGAAGCAGAGUGAGGUUGUGCUGAGCCUCAUGGGAAAGAGCCCAGAGACCUGCUUUUGUUGGCUUCUCAGGUUUGCUGGCAUGUGCAGCCUGGGGUCUCGCUCUCUUUCCCCCCGAAACACUGGCUGUCUGCACUGGUGAGAAGUGUGAGGAGAGGAAAUUGGGGAAAUAAGACUUUCUGUAAAAUGACCACAACUGUUGGUGGGAGGAAGGAGUGGAAAGAUGGAGAGAGGACGUUUUAGAAAAAUGUGUUUUCCUUAAGCAACCAGAAUCACAAAGUUCAACUAAGGCAAUUUCUCUAAAACCUCCAGACUAUUUAUGUAUUUAUUUAAUUCAGUGAAGAAAGGUCUGUUCCGUUAUUUGACGAGCGUUUCUGACAUGCUGCUACCAGCAAUUUGGUUAAACUCUUCUAUAGAAAUCUUCAGUAUUUUGGGAAGACUUGCCUUGUGGUCUCUGGGUCAUUCCCUAGAUGGUCACUUAUUCUAUUAACAGAGAAGGAGAAAAACUGCUAAAAAGUAAAACCCUAGAAGAUAUGGGAAGAAAGAACAGCACCCGGGGAAGCUGUGUGUGAGCAAGGGACUCCUUUUCAGCCUGGGAGUAUAAAUGGUGGCCCCAGAAAGAAGACACUGGGCUCCCAGGGGUUCAGGGCAGGAGGAUGAAGAAGCCACACAAGAUUUGGACUUCUUAAAGAUGGUACUCCAGCAGUCUAGAAUCAGAUAGACCUCCCGCGAGGAUAUGCUAAAAGUCCCAUAGAAAACAGGUAAGCACAGAGGUGAAGAACGAUGAAAGAGGGAAAACUGAGAAUUAAAGGAUCUGAGUAUAUACCAGCUGCUCAGGUGGGAUGAUUUGCAGGGGCUCUUUCCUCGGCCUGGAAUGGUCCCCUCUGGCCUUCAUUCACCGAGCUGACUCAUUGUUAGGUCCUAGCCUGAACAGCACCUCCUCUGAGAGGUCCUUACCUGAUCUGGUCCUGAUCCAACUCCGUGCCCCAAGACUCCCUUUUGUUGUGUAUCUCACUUACCACUGUCUGAAGUUGCCCUAAAGCUUUUCCAUUUGCCAUCUGUGUUCCAGUCUAGAGCUCAAUGGUACCUGUCUCGUUCACCAAACAUCUUUCCAGUAAUAUCUGGCACACCAUAGUCCCUCAAAAAAUAUGCAUAUUUGUCAAGUGGGUUGAUAAAAGAUUACAUAUGGAAGAUAUGAUUUGUUACCGUGGAACUUUAAUUAUCUCCUUAUAUUUAAUCUGUAUUUCCAGCCUAAGCUUUACUUAAUAAACUAACAUUUGAACACCUUUUUUCAAUUUGUAAAACACUGCCAGAAAUGUUGUUAAGUCCAUGCUCAGAUCAAAAUGUAGGCAUGAUUAGUUGUAUUUUAAGGGCAAGGAGAUGGAAGCCAAAGAAGAUAAGUGAUUUAUGCAAAGUCACACAGCUACAGAGUGAUGAAUUGAAGCUCAAAACAGCUCUUUUCACUUUCAGUCCAUGCAUUUUUCAUUAUCAUACAUUUUUCUUAAAUUCUUAUAUUUUGAGCAUACAUAUGCAUAUGUAGCUUCUUCUCAGCAUUGAGUUACAUACUGCAUGAAUUAUAACCAUAGUUUAAUAUUCUGGGAAGUUUUAGUUCUUGCAGGACCAUACACAGUAGAGCGGAUACUCAUUUAUAACAAUCUUAAAGAUGAUGGAAGGAAAAAAAUGAGUCCAGAGUAGUAGAAAUACAUUUUAAAGUUUAAAUGCUAAGACAAUGUUCUUCAUUUUGGUGAUGUUUACCUGUUUUUGUUACUUUUCAUUUGGUGAUACGUCAACAAUGAGAUUUUGAGGCUGCAGAUCUGACAGUCUACCAAAGGAGAUGAGACAUUAUAAAUGUAUGACUGCAGGGUUGAGAGUGGGGAAAACGACUUCCUCUUCCGAACAAUCUUUCAGAGGACGUUCCUCCUAGAGUUUAAAACAUCACAGUCUCCAGAGUCCAGUGCCAAUUCCGUGUCAGCCCACAACCUGCUCUGGCUGCACAGCUUCACGAGUCACAAGGACUGGACGGACAAGUGUGUGUGCCUAUUGACUGCCUUCUCCCAGCACAUGCACUAUGUCCCGGUGGCAUUGCCGGAGAUGGUCCGUGCCCUCUCAGCCCAGCAGCAGACCCUCAGGCAGAUCAUGACUUGUGGAGACCGCCUGGCCAAGGACACCAAAGUUCUGGUGCAGUGUGUCCACCCUGUCUACAUUCCUAACAUGGUGCUGAUUCUGGCUGAUGGGGACCCCUCGAGUUUCCUGUCCCACUGGCUGCCUUUCCUGAGUACCCUCCAAAAGCAGGAAGACCAGGCCACUGCGUAUGUGUGUGAGAAUCAAGCCGCUCAAUGCUCAUCACUGAUCCCUGUGAAUUAAAAAAACUGCUACAUCCCUGACUGCCCCAACCCCCUUGGGCUGGGGCAGAAGGUGGAGCUUCCCAACUGACUAAAGACUCAGGUCCUGUAGGGCCCUGUAGAUCCUGUGGCCAUCCCUGAGCACCCUGCCACCAGGUGACCUCAGCCAUACUCACUGCCUCCCUUGGGCACCCAGUUACCCUAGAAUAAACUUAACAGUAUCCCACAGUGGGGAAAAAAUUACAGUCUCCAGCCUAGAGGACAGAAUUAGGCUGUUUUGCUUUCUAUUGUUAUUGUUGUUGUUGUUGUUGUUUUUAACUUGUGUGUUCCCUUUGUCUUUACAAUUAACAGAAGGACAUACCAUUGCGAUGGAUCUUUAGGAUGCCUGUAUUUAUAGCUGAACACACUCACUGGGCCCUGCUGUGUCCCAAACGGUAGCUCUCUUCUUCCUUCUCAUGGUUUUCCUCUUGCUCCUUCAAGCUUUGGAAAAGGCCACAUUACUGUAGUUCACUGGACUUGGUUAUGUAACAAAAGUGAGCCAGGUGCCUCAACAUCAUUGAUCCUUGUGGACAGCCAAGGUCACUUUUCAUCUCUGAAUGGAGGUCAGCAGGAAAGACGAGAUGGCUGGGCUGGCAGAGUCUGCUGCCUGUCCCCCGCUCACCUCCAUCCUGCACUCCUGUGCUAACAGCCCUCCAUUGUGGCCACUAAAACACCACAUUUCUCAGCCUGCUGUAAGAUGCCAGGAGAAGGGUAUUGAGACAGUGCAAUAAAGAGUCUGACUACAUUCCUGAUGUCUGGCUGCAUUUAAAUCUCAUUACUCCCUCUUCUCCUUUUGUUCCAUAUCCAGGAAGCUGAUAAGAAGGCCCAGGUGCUCCCUCCUUUGGAAUUGGUGGGACAUUUAAACCCCACAAGCCUCUACCCAUGUGCAAAAGCCUUCACCCCAGCCUCAUCUCUACCCACAAUAAACGCCAAGCCAGUCUCUCUUCU